UGGGAAUAUGGUGGGAAAUUGAAAUGACUUUCUUGGAUCCUGUGAGAGACAUGUUUACUGUUACACAUGUUUAUCAAUUUAGUUUGGCCAACAAAAAAUAAGAAUAAAGGAAACAAGGAAUGAUGAAAAGUAGAGGCAAAAGAAAAGGAAAAAAAUUACAAAAGAAAUCCAAGAAAAAAACCAAAAGUAUUCUUGGAUAUCAGACAAAGGUAGAAUACCAUGCUCAUAUAAUAUUCAUGUAGCCCAAAAUUAAAAAUAAAUAAAUAAAUAAAGCAAACGGAGAGAGAGAGAUGAUUCAUAUGUCUUGGAUUUUGCUAGUUGUACCUGUGACAUAGACGAGAGCCCAGGAGAAGAAGAAGCAGAAGAAGUAGUAGUUGUAUAAGUAGUUUCUCUCUCCUCCUCUUUCUUUGUUUCUCUCUCUCUCUUCCAUAUGCCCACCAAGAAAUCCCACCGAAGGAAAUAAUCAUCAUGAAACUCCCUCUGCACCCAGCACUCGGGAAAAGUAUUUUGCUCCCUCAUCAAAACCUUUCUUCCCUUAAAUUUACCUCUAUUAACUCAUCUUCUCUCUCAGUAGUACCCUUUACCACUAGAAUUCCAUAACCAUGAAACUUUCUUUUGCUUUCUUUCUCACUACCUUCUCCCACUUCUUUUUUCUGCAAAUAUCAAUAGUGUUUUCUUCAUCACCACCUCCUAGUAAUUCCCAGCUUCCAUUACAGCUCAUUGCCCUUCUAUCUCUAAAAUCUUCCCUUAAAGACCCUCAAUCCACCUCUUUCCAAGAUUGGGACCCUUCUCCAAUCCUCUCCAAGCAGCCUAAUCCCGAAGACCCUCUUUGGUGUUCUUGGUCAGGAAUCAAAUGCCAUGCCAAGACACCAAGGAUUACAAGUCUCGACCUCUCUCACCGCAAUCUUACCGGCACAGUCCCUCCUGAAAUCCGCUACUUGUCGAGCUUAACCCACUUGAACUUGAGUCGAAACAGCUUCGGUGGACCUUUUCAAACGGCCAUUUUUGAGUUACUCGAACUCAGAGUCCUUGACAUCAGCCAUAACAACUUCAACUCAACGUUCCCACCCGGGAUUUCCAAGCUCAACUUCUUGCGAGUCUUUGACGCUUACAGCAACAGCUUUACUGGACCCCUACCUCAAGACAUUGUCAAGCUUGGGUACCUCGAACAGCUCAACCUCAGUGGAAGCUACUUCAGUGGCAGCAUUCCGAAGGCUUAUGGGAGCUUCCCAAGAUUAAAGUAUCUCUAUCUAGCUGGGAAUUGGUUAACGGGGUCAAUACCACCUCAACUGGGCUCCUUAUCGCAGCUUGAGCACUUGGAGAUAGGCUACAACCAAUUCUCAAAUGGGCUUCCAUCAGAACUCGGUUUGUUAUCAAAUCUCAAGUACAUGGAUAUCUCCAAUACUACAUACAUUUCUGGGCCAAUCGCUCCUGAACUCGGUAACUUAACGAAGCUGGAAACGUUGUUACUCUUCUGGAACAACCUUUCGGGAGAAAUCCCACCAAGUUUUGGCAACUUAAAAGCCAUUAAGGCUCUUGAUUUGUCGUUUAAUAAGCUAUCAGGGAGUAUGCCAGCAGAGCUAUCUGAGUUAAAAGAGCUAACGUUCCUGUCCUUGAGCAAUAAUAAUCUAAGUGGUGAAAUUCCAGAAGGAAUAGGUGAGUUUCCAAACUUGGACACUUUGAAUCUAUGGAAGAAUUCCUUAACUGGGAUCAUCCCACAAAAUCUCGGUUCAAGCGCUAAGCUAACGAAGGUUGAUUUGUCCACCAACUCACUCGGUGGACCAAUACCACCAAACAUCUGUAAUGGUAACAUGCUCAUGAAGCUCAUCCUCUUCUCCAACAGGUUAGUCAACUCGGUCCCCGACUCACUAGCCAAUUGCACUUCCUUAAAUCGGUUCAGAGCCCAGAACAACAACCUCACCGGCUCGAUCCCUCACGGACUUUUGUCUUUGCCCAAUAUAAGCUUCGUCGAUUUGAGUAACAACAGCCUUUUCGGUCCCAUACCUGAAGAACUUGGCAAUGCGUUGGGCAUCGAACACUUAAACGUAUCCCAAAACCCUUUGAACUCAACUCUCCCAGAUAACAUUUGGAAUUCCACCAAUUUGAAGAUUUUCUCAGCCAUUUCGUCCAAGCUUCUAGGCAAAAUACCGGAUUUUGUUGGCUGUAGAAGCAUGAUGAAGAUCGAAUUGCAAGAUAAUUUGUUCGAAGGUAAUAUCCCUUGGGACAUUGGUCACUGCGAGAAGCUACUUUCCUUGAAUCUGAGCCUCAAUUCCAUCACCGGUAUCAUUCCAUGGGAGAUUUCCACUCUCCCUUCGAUCACAGACGUCGAUCUUUCUCACAACAAUCUCACCGGAACGAUUCCUUCCGAUUUCGGGAAUUGCAGCACCUUAUCGACCUUCAAUGUCGCGUUCAACUCGUUGACAGGUCCAAUCCCGACGUCCGGGAUUCUGUUCCCAAACCUCCAUCCAUCGUCGUUUUCCGGCAACGAAGGACUCUGCGGCGGAGUAUUACCCAAGCCUUGCGCAGCAGAUGACACUCUCGGCGCCAGCGCCGUCGAGGCCCAUCAGCAGCAGCCGAAGCGGACUGCCGGCGCUAUCGUCUGGAUCAUGGCCGCGGCGUUCGGGAUCGGACUGUUCGUCCUCGUCGCGGGAACGAGGUGCUUCCGCGCCAAUUACAGCCGACGAUUCAACGACGACCGUCAGAUAGGACCGUGGAAACUGACGGCGUUCCAGCGAUUAAACUUCACCGCCGACGACGUACUGGAAUGUUUGUCGAUGAGUAACAAGAUUCUUGGAAUGGGGUCCACUGGCACAGUAUACAAAGCGGAGAUGCCAGGUGGCGAAAUCAUAGCCGUUAAGAAAUUGUGGGGUAAGCAAAAGGAGAACAUCCGACGGCGCAGAGGGGUACUUGCUGAGGUGGAGGUAUUGGGAAACGUGAGGCAUAGGAAUAUAGUGAGAUUGUUAGGGUGUUGCAGCAACAGGGAAUGUACCAUGUUGCUCUACGAGUACAUGCCUAAUGGUAACUUGGACGAUUUAUUGCAUGGGAAGAACAAGGCUCAGAAUUUGGUAGCCGAUUGGGUUACGCGCUACAAAAUCGCCUUGGGCGUGGCUCAGGGGAUUUGCUAUCUUCACCAUGACUGUGAUCCCGUCAUUGUGCAUCGCGAUCUCAAGCCCAGUAACAUCUUAUUGGACGGUGAGAUGGAGGCCAGGGUCGCAGAUUUCGGCGUGGCUAAGCUCAUCCAGACCGACGAGUCCAUGUCUGUCAUCGCCGGUUCCUAUGGCUACAUUGCGCCAGAGUACGCUUAUACUUUACAAGUGGACGAGAAGAGUGACAUAUACAGCUACGGCGUCGUUUUGAUGGAGAUCCUGAGCGGAAGAAGGUCUGUAGAUGCGGAGUUUGGUGACGGGAACAGCAUUGUGGAUUGGAUGAGAACAAAGAUAAAGACAAAAGAUGGGAUAAAAGAUGUUUUGGACAAGAAUGCCGGGGCGGCGUGCUCGCCUGUGAGGGAAGAGAUGAUGCAAAUGCUGAGGAUUGCGCUGCUAUGCACCAGCCGCAGCCCGGCGGACCGGCCGUCGAUGAGGGAUGUGGUUUUGAUGCUGCAAGAGGCCAAGCCCAAGAGGAAGUUGCCGGAGCCUACUCAUCAUGUAAUAUGCAUUGGUACUGGUGGUGGUGAUAGUGGGAGCGAUCAUGAUAUUCCUUUGCCACAAAAACCGCCCGCCGCUGAUUGUUAAUAUAUGAUUUCACUAAUUUAAAAAAAAGGGCUUUUUUUAAUUUCUCUUUUUCGUUCUUUUUUUUGGGGGGGUUUUUUUGGGUUAUUUUUCAUAUGUGGGGGGAUUGGUAUAGGAGAUGUGAUUUCUUAUUUUCCUUUCAAUGGAAUCUUUAAUUAUUAGAUGUUCUAUUGUUGUGGUUGCUUAAUUAAUGUGUGUAUAUAUGCUUAUAGCUACUACUACUACGAUCGGCUAUAUAUAUAAGAAAUUUUUUGGGCAGCACGUGAUUGUUUUAAAGUGAUUAAUUUUAAUCACCGCUAAUAAGUUUAGUAUUAUCGGUAUAUGGAUAAGUUGUAAUUUUUUUUUUUUUUUUACAUUACGGUGUGUAAUAUAGUUACAAGACAAAUUUUUAGCAAAUUCUGGAUAA